UCGGACAGUGCCCCCAUCACUCACUACAAGCCAAGAUUGACCAACUAUCAUGUCCGACGCCUUCUCAACACAUCCCGAGCACGCCCUCGACCAUCCCGAACUCGAGGCCAUCUUGGAACAGGCCAAAGCCGGGCCCAGCAGCGCGAGCUUGGGCGAUGGAGCAGCGGGGAUGAGCGUGGAAGAUACCUUUGAAGUCGAAGAGAGUGUGAGGAGGAUACUGGAAGGGGGCUACAAGACUAUUGGACUGCAGUUUCCUGAUGAACUGCUGCCGACUUCGGUUUCAGUCUAUCGGGCGAUACAGACUCGGAUAGGACACACUGGCGCACAAGCAUACGUCCUGGCUGACAGUACAUAUGGCAACUGUUGUCCCGAUAUCCUGAGCUGUUUGCAUUUGCCGGCGGAUUUCUUGGUUCACUAUGGCCAUGCCUGCCUAACACCGACCGACGCACUCCCGAUACAUUACGUCUUUCCCCGUAAGAAGCUCGACGUCGGGCAUGCCUUCGGGGCAUUGUCCAAGACCAGCGAGGAAGAUGUGCAAGAUGGGAAAAAGGGUGUGAUCGUUGUCUGGGAUGUGGCAUAUGACUGGCUUGCGAGUUCUAUUGCGGAGACAUUCACUAAAGAAUCAACGAUACCCAUCACUUUCGCGCAUAUCAACAAGCCUACUGCUGCUCCUCCAAAGACCGAUGAAAAGGGAAAAGCGCCUGCUUUGAGGAGUGUUGAGCCUCCUGAGGGUUUGGCGUUGACCGACUGCAUACUGUGGUAUAUCGGGGAAGAGGGCAGGUCAUCCAUGAACCUCCAGAUGACCCACGCCUACAACUCUCUUUACUUGUACUCCCCAACAUCCCAAACCACCUCCCCCCUCCACCGCACCACUUCCCGUCUCCUAUCACGCCGCCUCUUCGCCCUCCACCAAGCCCUCUCCUCCGACGUCUUCGGCCUCAUCGUCUCCAACAUCGGCCUCUCCUCCUCCCGUCCCCUCCUCGCCCAACUCCGCGCCGACCUCAGACGCGCCCAGAAAAAGUCUUACACCCUCAGCGUGGGCAGGCUCAACCCCGCCAAACUGGCAAACUUUGUGGAGAUAGAGUGUUUUGUGUUGGUGGGGUGUAAUGAGGGUGGGGUGGUGGAUUCGAAAGAGUUUUUGAGACCUAUUAUCACGCCUUGGGAGUUGAGCUUGGCUCUGCAAGGAGAGGGGCACGAGUGGGCGCCGGAAAAGUGGACGUUAGAUCUGGGCAAGGUUCUGGAAGGUGAGUCCGUCUUCCCAUCAGCGGGACUCUGGACUGAUGAACCGACAGAUGCGAAAGCCAAAGCCGAUGAAGAUGACGAUAAAUCCGAAACCCAAUCCAACCACUCCACUUCUUCCGACGAAGCCCCCAAAUUCUCCCUUAUCACCGGUACCUACCGCACCAAGAAACGUUUCAAUGACGAAUCUGCGGGACCUGCUUCUACCAACCAGAUUGAAUCCGGCAUUCAGGAUCUUACGCUUCGGAAUCAGACGUUUUCGUUGAGCAAGCUGGAGAGCGCGGGAUCGAGCUUUUUGGCGUCGAGAGAGUUUAAGGGGUUGGAAGUGAGGUAUGGGAUGGAUGAGCCUAGUUUGUUGGAGGAGGGGAGGAGUGGGGUGGCGAGGGGGUAUACGGAGGAGAAGUAGGUAG